UCGAGAGUGCAAUUUGCAGCGGCAACCUUUAAUAAAGCCUGCUAUAGCCCGACCCCCGGGAUACAGCGGAGGUAUCAAAGAAAGGCUGGUUAUGUGGGAAUUUCUGAGUGUUUUGGAAACAGUCCGCAUAAUGAAUCCAGUUUUAGUUCUUUCAAACGAAAGGGGGAGUCUGUAGCCUAUGCAUGUGUGUAAGCCGAAGUGUGCGCCGUUGCACGAAAAUAAGAGAGCGCGAUUGUAAUGCGUGUAUGAGAGAGAAAGAGGGUGGGGGGUGAGAGACCCCACCGUGUUUUGACCCCCCAAACAACUCCCAACCUCCAUCGCUCCAUCCAUCCCUGCGCUGAUUUAAGGCUUCAUCGCUCAUUUCGUAGUGACAGAUUCCAGCCAUUCGCCUCAGUUGAUGGACAGCGGGAGCGGCCAAAAAGCACGCUAUUUUUCCGCACUUCACAUCCUGCCUGGUCGCCGAACCUCCAGACACACCGUGCAAUCCAGCGCGCUUGCAGAACCAACACCGCAGCCCGUGCAGGAUUGUCGGGGCACGGCCUGACACGGAACUCGAACUACGUUGGAUAGGGGAGUCUGUGGAUACACCCCUUUAUCUGGAAUCUAAUCAAUUCAAAAUAUUUUAUUUUACAAUAUACGCACAAUCUUUCACAUGCCUGAACCAGGCGAUUUUAUGUUUAUAUUAUUAUAACUGGCGAUCAAAAACUAUAAAUUGCGACCGCUUCAUUUACUCUCUUUAAGUGGCUGUUUUAUAAGCGUAACCAUUAUAUAGACGAUAGACAAAAUAUGUAUCACUCUUAUUUAUUUUAAGCGAAAUUGUUAACCUAUAGCCUAAUACAGUGAACCAAAGGAUACGUCUCAUUAAUAGGCAGUAAGAUUUGGAGCACCUGUUAUUUAUUUAACCGGCGUUACAGUAGGCUAAGAAGGACCAUAUCAUUCGAAUUAGUUGGAUUAGUUAUCCGGAUUCGGCUGGCAGAAAGCCUCAACUGGAAAGCCGCUAUCUCGUCCUCCCUGGUACAGGAUUGGCUUCCGUGUCGCAUGGAUAAAAGGUAUGAGGACCAGGUGCACUACUCAGGGCCGGAGGGAGAAGGCAUCCCUAUGGGGGGGUACAGGGACGUACAGGCUAUGAGGUCCCUGCCACCCCCCCACUACGGCCACCCCCUCACAGACUCCCUCAAACACCACCGUGAUCAGAUCUACGGCCACCCUCUGUUCCCCCUUCUCGCUCUGGUGUUUGAGAAGUGUGAGCUGGCCACCUGCUCCCCCCGGGACUCCACCGCCCUGUCCUCAGCCCCGCCCCACCACCCCGGGAUGUCCAAUCACAGCGACGUCUGCUCCUCGGACUCCUUCAAUGACGACAUCGCUGUGUUUGCCAAGCAGAUCCGAUCAGAGAAACCCAUUUUUUCCACAAACCCAGAACUGGACAACCUGAUGAUCCAGGCCAUCCAGGUACUGCGUUUCCACCUGCUGGAGCUGGAGAAGGUACACGACCUGUGUGACAACUUCUGCCACCGCUACAUUACCUGCCUGAAAGGCAAGAUGCCCACAGACCUGGUGCUGGAUGACCGGGAGGGCGGGUCCAAGUCCGACAUGGAGGAUUUCACUGGCUCCUGCACCAGUCUGUCAGACCAGAACCCCUCCUGGCUGCAGGACCCAGAGGACUGUGUAUCCACCCCCUCAGGUACCCCUGGCCCCUCCUCCUGUGGCCUGCCCUCACACUGUAUCGACAACUGCAGCGACAUUGGGGACGGUAUGGACGUGGGCGUGGCUUCACCCAGCACGGGCGAGGAGGAUGAGAACGAUCGGGACAGGAGGAACAACAAAAAGAGGGGGAUCUUCCCCAAAGUGGCAACCAACAUCUUGAGAGCCUGGCUCUUCCAGCACCUGUCGCACCCGUACCCCUCCGAGGAGCAGAAGAAGCAGCUGUCACAGGACACCGGGCUCACCAUCCUGCAGGUCAACAACUGGUUUAUCAACGCCAGACGCAGAAUCGUCCAGCCUAUGAUAGACCAAUCGAAUCGCUCAGGUCAGGGCGCCCCCUACAGUCCGGAGGGUGCGGCGAUGGCAGGGUUUGGCCUGGAUGGACAACCCCACCUGGGCAUCAGGGCUGCAGGGCUUCAGGGAAUGACAGCUUUGUCCUCAGAGUACCCCGGGGCUGUCCUGCCCCAGCCGGGAUACCCCCACGGACCUCCCUCCCUGCACCCCUACCCACCCCCCCAUCCCGCCAUGCUGCUGCACCCGCCACCCCACCCCCACCCAUCGGACCCGCUCAUAGGGCAAGGCCUGGACAUACACGCCCACUAACCAGGAAGGGGGCGGGGCUCCAGUUGGGAUGGAGGACAUUGGCUGACAGGGUCCCACAGUUCACAGACAUGCUCCCGCUGACUCUGCUAUACACACGCGCACACACACACACACACACACACAAACACACAAUUUAGCAGGACAGCUUGUAUACCAACAAACCAGGAGUCAGUCGUCAUAACACUAACACUAGCCCGGCCCAACGAAAUGCACCAACACACUCUGUUCUUCCUUAUGACUUGAACACAAGCUUGAGCAUUUCUAACGACUCCCCCCAACCCAUAAAGACUGCCCCCCUCCCAUUGUGACACUCCUGGUCUCACAUGGCCACUGCAGUUCCCCCCACAGCGCCCCCUCUGUGAGCAGCCCAGCAGACACACUGCAGCAAUCGACUCUGAUCAGGCUCUUCCCCCAACAGGCAAAGCAGAAACACCAGCAACAGGAGAAAUAAUUGUGCACUGUUAAGUGGGCCCUACCGACACCCCACAGGAGCAUUCCCCAUCAGCCACCCGAGUUUUAACGCUGGUGGCUUGGGAAUAGCAGUCUUCCAUUUGCCACAGAAAGGGAGGAGGGGCUGUGAGAUUGAGGAAGUGAGGGGGGAAAGGGGGAGGAGUUUGAUGCUCUUCCUGGAAGUGCUGCCAUGGCAACUGUCUGCUGAUUGGUACACAGCUCCAUUCGGUCCUGGUCUUCCCUCACUGUACCGCAGACUGAUAAGGGUCCGCAGCAGCAUUCACAGGGUGCAGUAAAACAGAACAAAGACGAGCGGAGGAUCAGCCUGCCUGUACAGCAUUCACCUCUAUGCCAUGCACACACGUAUUAUUUAAUUAAAUUUCCUUUUAUUAAUGUAUUUUUGUAUAUAUAUCUAUAUAUCUGUGCAGCAGCAUUAUGAAUCACGGUUGUUUCAUGGUGCGGAGUGAAUGCCGGUGCAUUUUGAAGUUUCACGGGUUUGCUUUGUUCGUGUCUUUCAUUCUUUUAUUUUUUGGUCAUUUUUGAGUUGAAGCGGUGCGAGCCCAGGCGACGUUGCUGCAAAACGUGCGCGUGGCGUUCCCGCGCUCUCCAUCCCGACGCGCCUUCCCGCGCUUCGGAGAGGCCCUCUAACCACCUGCGUCGGAUUGACGCCUCGGCCGUCGCAAGAGCAACACGGCUACCGUUCCCCUGGAAACAUGCGUGUACUUGCCGCUCACAGCUGCCUGCCGCACUCACCGGCCAAAGCCACGCUUACCUCGGCACUUCCCACUCAACACUCCCACACCGGGGACGAGCCGGACCUCCGAAUUCCAAUCGGGGGUACAGCGCUGAUCCCUCUGCUGGAGAGGCAGACGCGGCUUGUGUGUGUUAAACUGAAUGGCAUGGAGGACUCAACUAAAGGCGACUUGGAGGACUGAACUGAAGGCGGCUUGGAGGACUGAACUGAAGGUGGCUUGGAGGACUGAACUGAAGGAGGCUUGGAGGACUCUGUGUGGUGGACAGUUGAAAGACUCAGUAGUGGAUGAUGGCCUUUUUGUUUAAUUUUAUUUCUGUGAUUUAAAAAAAAAAACAUUUGAAGAUGAUGUUAAUGGUUAUAAUUAUGAUGGUAAUAUUAAAAAGAAAGCAUUCUUUUUCAA